UUCUGAGCGUGCGCACACCAGGUCCGACUGAGCCAUAUAAGCGGGACUCCACCAAGGCACUUAAACCGCUCACGACCCCCUUCACGCUUUACUUUAACGUUCCCGACAGAGCCAAAAGGUUGUUGAGAAGUCUGAGCUGAGUCCUGGUGGUCGGAUCUUCUGGUGUCCUUCCCGUAAGCUGCCAUGACGUGGAGAACGGAGCUUCAACAAACCAUUCAAUACCGAAAUGCCUACUUCCUUGCUUUCUCUGCCACCGCCGGAUACGUGUGCUUCGGUUGGGACAUUGGCCUGAUAGGCGGUGUUCUUGCUCUUCCCUCUUUCCAGCAGUAUUUUGGGUUGGAUAAAGAGUCGGCCAGUGCCCGUGCUAGCCUGAGCGGGAAUAUCGUGUCUGUUCUCCAGGCUGGAGGCUUUGUAGGUGCCAUAGCAUCGAGUUGGUUGGCCAGCCGAUAUGGCAGAAAGCCUUCGCUGUUGGCGUCAGCUGUAAUCUUUCUGGUAGGGAGUGCUAUUCAGUCAAUCGUUGGAUUGGGAAGUACGCCAGCCGUCGGUCUCAAGCUUCUCUACUUCAGUCGGUUCUUGGGUGGUGUUGGCGUUGGCCUGAUGUCGGCUCUUGUUCCCACCUAUGUAUCAGAGUGUGCUCCGAGGGCUAUUCGGGGACGGUGCACCGGCAGUAUAGAGGUUGCUGUAGGUUUGGGAAACAUGUUGAGCUUCUGGGUCAACUACGGAGCGGCUCUUAACAUAUCACCUGGAGAGAUGCAAUGGCGAACCCCGAUAAUUCCGGAAUCACCUCGGUGGCUUGUCGAACGCGGACGAUAUAACGAUGCAGCAAAUGCCCUCGGCUACAUCGCCAGAAAAGACCCUCAAGAUGAUACUGUCCAAGUGACUCUGAGUGAGAUACGCGAACAGUUCGCAGGCAAGCGUCAACUUCCAAUCGCCACGCAGUUCAAGAAAAUGGGAGAAAAUCGUAUCAUCGUAUUGCGUUGCCUUAUACCAUCCAUCGCUACAUUUUUCCAGCAGUGGACCGGCACAAAUGCGAUCAAUUACUAUUCCCCUAUCAUCUUUGCAAACCUUGGAAUCUCAAGCACGACUGCUUCGCUGCUCGCCACAGGCGUCUACGGAGUUGUGAAGUUCGUUGUUACAUGUCUCGUCCUCGCCUUCGUUAUCGAGAGCUGGGGCCGCAAGAGGACUCUCAUAUACGGUGGCCUGGCUCAAGCUAUUACGAUGAUUUGGAUUGGGGGCUACAGCGCCGUGCACCCCGAACCCACGGUUGUUCCUGCUACUUAUGUCUCGAUCGUCGCUGUCUACCUCUACGGCAUCGCUUUCGGUCUAGGCUGGGGCUUCACCCCGCUCGUCCUUGGGUCCGAGGUGGCUCCUGGACACCUUCGUUCAGCAGUGAUGUCUAUUGCUGUUGGGGUAACCUGGCUUUUCACAUAUGUCAUCGCGCAAGUCACGCCGAUCAUGCUCGCACAUAUCACGUACGGCACAUAUCUCGUAUUCGGAGUCGCUUCUGUUAUUAUGGCAAUCUGGGUCUACGUCUGCAUACCAGAGACUACGGGAUACCCUUUGGAAGAUGUCCGAUACCUUUUUGAGAAAGACAUCCUUAUCCGGUCGUUGCAGGAUGCCCCUGGUGGACGCAUAUUCCUCGGCAAACGCCGCGCUAUCCCCAUGGAGGAGUUGAAGAAAAAUGCUACAGAUGCCAGCCCGGAACCUGCACCUAGUGAUUUGAGCGACGAGUUGACCAAGGAGGCGGUGCCGAGGGGUCAAAGCGAUACACUUGUCAUUUGAAGAAAACGUUCUCCUACAAGGCUCCACAUAGUACAUAGAGUUACAAAGACUAACGUAGCAUACAGAUGAGAUUGGAUGCGCACAUGCG